GUGACCUCGGACGACCCGCCCCGCCUCCCCUUCCCCUCCCCGCAGGUCGGGCAAAACAAUCGUCGAUUCUGCGCGCCACUGACACUCAUUGUGUGGCAGAGAGAUGAGGGCAUCCGUGCCACCCCCUCCAUCACCCUCUUUCCCUGGUAGAAAACGCCCGCGGGUGAGGGUGGGAGAAACAUCUGGUUUCGUGGGCCAGGCCUUGGGCAUCUGUGUCCUCGAGCGCCGAAUGCCGAACUGGGGAGGAGGCAAGAAAUGUGGGGUAUGCCAGAAGACGGUUUACUUUGCCGAAGAGGUUCAGUGCGAAGGCAACAGCUUCCAUAAAUCCUGCUUCCUGUGCAUGGUUUGCAAGAAGAAUCUGGACAGCACAACUGUGGCCGUGCAUGGUGAGGAGAUCUACUGCAAGUCCUGCUACGGCAAGAAGUAUGGGCCCAAAGGCUACGGCUAUGGGCAGGGCGCAGGCACGCUGAGCACUGACAAAGGGGAGUCUCUGGGCAUCAAACAUGAGGAGGCCCCGGGCCACAGGCCCACCACCAACCCCAAUGCAUCCAAAUUUGCCCAGAAGAUUGGUGGCUCCGAGCGCUGCCCGCGAUGCAGCCAGGCAGUCUAUGCUGCAGAGAAGGUGAUUGGUGCUGGGAAGUCCUGGCAUAAGUCCUGCUUCCGGUGUGCCAAAUGUGGCAAAGGCCUUGAGUCAACUACCCUGGCAGACAAGGAUGGUGAGAUUUACUGCAAAGGAUGCUAUGCUAAAAACUUCGGGCCCAAGGGCUUUGGCUUCGGGCAAGGAGCUGGGGCCUUGGUCCACUCUGAGUGAGGCUGUCACUACUCACCACACCCUCGCCACUCCUGCGCUUCUCAUCGCCAUUCUCUCCCAGCAACCUUGGAGACCUCCAGGAUCCUUUCUCUCUCAGUCCUGCCACACAUCACUAAUAACUUGAACUUGGGCCUCUGGCUCCCUUUGGUUUGGGGAUCUGCCUGAGGUUCCACCCCCUAAGGAGCACCUUCUGCCUGGCAUCUGACACCAUCGCCAGUAGGAGACUUCAGUGAUUUUAGUUUGGGUGAGACCAGGGCCCUCAUACUUCACCCCUCAGACAUCUGUUCUUAGCCUCUUGGGCUGAGUGUCCAUCGUCAACUGGCCAAGACACCUGAGCCCACACCUUGGAGCCCAGAGGAGCAGCAGCAACAGGCUGGAGGGUAGAGAAGCAGGGUCGGGAGAGUGUGGGCUUCUUGGUGUACCUCAGAAUAAGCCUAGGGAGUUCCAGGUUGGGGAAUCACGAUGGGAGGCAGAGAGGCCUGAGGGUAGGGUCAUAGAAACCCUGUUUCUCUAGGCCUCUGGCCUUGGGCCUUUGUAGAACUUGAAGUGGAGAACAACCCAGGGCGAAAGACCCCACAGUCAGGGUGUUGUCUGACCUCAUCAGAUAGCCAGUUCCCUGCUUGAUGGAGGCAUCCUAAUGAAACACACAGUAGCAUUUAUCAGUGGCCCAAGUCUUUGGGUGGUCAGCUCUGGCCCUAACCCUGGGUCCUGAAGCUGUGGUCAGCAGAGCCCAGGCUAGGGCUCUGUCUUCGCCAUGCCUGCUUGGUCCUUGGACGUGGAGGGAAGCUGACCCAGCCUCAGUCUUCCUCCGGACACCCCUUUCCGCUGCCCCCAGUCCUUGGGACCUUCCCUCCAACCCAAGGCCCCCCUUCCACUCCACCCUUCUAAGGGACCCUUCUUUGGCCACACAGCAUUCUGUCCUUUCCAGGCCCCAGGUCAGAGCGGCAGGCAGAAGGGGGAGGGGCCGGGCCUCACGGCUCCCAUCCAUCGAAAGGACGACACUAUCUGGAGCUGUCCACUGAAAGCGCUGCAGGCACGGGCUGUAUUCAAGCUGAUUUCUCAUCUGGUCAAUAAAGCUAUUUAGACUGGAA